GCAAUGGCUUUAUUCCCAGUGGUGGUGUUUCUGGCUGCUGUGCUGCUUCCAUCCUUACCUGCAGAAAAAAAGGAUCCAGCCUUUUCUUCUUUGUUAACCUCUCAAGCGCAAAUACAAAGAGAGAUUGUAAAUAAACACAAUGAAUUAAGGAAAUCAGUCUCUCCACCUGCCAGCAACAUGCUCAAGAUGGAAUGGAGCACAGAAGCAACAGCAAAUGCCCAAAAAUGGGCAAACAAGUGCACUUUACAACAUAGUAAUGCAGAGGACCGAAAAACCAGUACAAAAUGUGGUGAGAAUCUCUUUAUGUCGACCGACCCUACUGCCUGGUCCAAUGCAAUCCAAAACUGGUAUGAUGAGAGCCAAAAUUUUGUCUACGGUGUAGGACCAAAGAGUUCCAGUGCAGUUGUUGGACAUUAUACCCAGGUUGUUUGGUACUCAUCUUACCGUGUUGGAUGUGGAGUUGCCUUUUGUCCCAAUCAAGACAGUCUAAAAUACUACUAUGUCUGCCAGUAUUGUCCUGCUGGUAAUAACAUAAGUAAAAAGAACACCCCUUACCAACAAGGAACACCCUGUGCCAGUUGCCCUGGUGACUGUGACAACGGACUGUGCACCAAUAGUUGCCAGUAUGAAGAUCUCCUCAGUAACUGCGAUUCUUUGAAGAAAACAGCUGGAUGUGAACAUGAAUUGCUCAAGGAAAAGUGCAAGGCCACUUGCCAGUGUGAAAACAAAAUUUACUGA